UAUGCCCUAGAUCCAUCUAAGUUCUUGGGCAAACAUAACUGAGAAUGGCUGCGGCUCAAUCGGUAGUCGCAUUAACUUAAAAUAUGGAAUGAAAGGCGAAGGGAAUGCUAGUUUCAUAUCGAAAACAUGUUGUACCGUCAAGACCGACGAAAAUCCGAUUGACCUGACCCUUUUACCAAACGAAAAAUGGCGGCAUCCCGCGAGCGUAGUGAGUUUUCUUUUCAGUCAAAGGACCUCUCAGAUACUCUUUUCAACAUCAACCAUCGGGACAUCUUUGGUCACCUUCCGCCCUUGAGUGCACCUCAGCCUGCCUAUAGUGAAAGACCAAAAAUUGUGGAGUAUGGAGCAUAUACUAAAGCAUCACCUACCAAAGAAAAAGGUCAUUACCGACAUACUAGUGAUGCAGUUGCGAAUAACUACACACCAUCUGCUCAGACUUUGACAACAAAGCUGAUCUAUAAGAGACAAGGCAAGUCAUCUGGCUCAGUUUCAAAGAGGACAAAUUUGAGGAAACAGCAUAAUUCACUUAGAAAUGUGAUUGAAGGAAAACUGCAACCUCUUCAUGGAGGAACAUCUUCAUCACCUGCUUCAGGAUACUAUGUGGGAAAAGGGGCAUCACGGGCAGGGCUUAACAAAGGGCACACAAGUCCACCUCACAUGGGAGCACCCACUAAAUCAUAUCCUCAGAAUGAACAGGAAACUUCUGAAGGAGAGAGACAAAUUGGUGUUGAUGCAAGUCCUCUUUCAAGCUCGAAGCCUCCAAGAGUUAAAAGACCUCAGUCUGUAGAAGAGUUUCUGAAGUCAAAUAGCCAUUCCUCUAGUCCUUAUAUGCAUAAUGAUGACAAAUCCAUAUCCGAGUCUCCAGACUUCAAAAAGACAAAACUUGCAUGGGGAGGGCAAAGCAGGAUGAGUGAACCAAGCCGAAAUGAAACCUAUGAAAUGACCUCAAAUGGUCAUACAGACUCAGUGCUCCAAGAUUUUGUAGAAAGCUGCACCCUAACAACUUCACAAAAUGUCUCUUCUAUGUAUUCAUUCAGAGAGCAUGAUGAUGAGACACUGUCUGUUUUAAAUAUCUGUUUCCCUCCAUCAACCACACCUACUUUUGGUCUAUCACGUUCUGUCUCACCACUUGAAUCAGAGCGUGAGAGAUACAACCGUCUUGUGGAGAAGGCAAUUCAUACCAGCAUGGUAGCACCAUUAUCCAGGGAAUGGAAGAGGAAGACCCAUGAUUUUCUUCCAAAAUCCUUGAAACAGGAUUUUAAAGAAACGCUUGAUGAACUUGACAAGGAAAUGGAGACAGAAUAUACAAGAAGUGUCAAGCAGAGUAUCCUGGAUUAUGUGCUUUUGGAUUCAAAAGAACAAAGGAGACUUGGACUUCAUAUGCCGCAACCAGUCAUAUAUCCAGCUGGAAGAGACAGUUUUCCUUGGCAUGUUUCAGUUAUCACCUCACGGGAAUACCUUGAGAAUAAUCUUUUUGUAACCCAUGUUGUUCUGAAAGAAUUGCUAUUCCUUUGGGAAUCACAAUUUCCAGAGUGGAGAAGAUGGAUCAUUUCUUCUCAUCAAUUGCAUCUCUUAUGUCACACAAUCUUCGCAGUGCUGUGUAUUCUUCUAUUAACGACCUGGUACAGUUCGUAGAGAUGUACAAACUUGGAAACGAUUUUACGGAGCCGUUUGAAAGAAGUCUUCCCAUACUACCACAACCAAUUGUACUUACAGUGGUACCUGAAGUAGAGGAGGUCACGGUUGCUUAUGAGCCGAGUUUCUCAGAUGUGACCGAAAUCCUACAUGAAGUCAUUGAGCACAUGGUGAAAAGUGUGCAAACCCUCGAGCGUGUUGAGCACCAGCUUUUCUACGAAGACGAAGGACUAAAAAAGCGUUAUAUCCGUAGUGUACAGUUUGAUGAAGAAAGAGUUGUGGAGGCCAAGGCAAGAGUGGCUGAUGUGGUGGAGAAAAACAGCGCGGGGCCGCUCAAAUUCCGAUCAGUUUAUGAACCACUGCAUUACUUACUAACAAGAGAGUCUGAUGUGAAAACUAUGAGAUUCACAUCCUCUGACCGUCACCUGGUGGAGUAUGGCAUCGAGUUACAAAAGGUUUACGACCUUACAAAUUUGGCAUCUUCUAUGGAUCUGUUUAUUCCCAUGGAAUUUUUCGUGUUGGACUGCACCAAAAUCAAAGAGUUCCUUGUGUUGCGUGCCAAUGAUCUGGUAAGGAUGAUGACGUCAAAGCUAGUCAGGAAGAGUUUUGAUUUCAAUCGGUCCAUUUGUCAUCAGUAUGAUUACAUUGUUAAUCGUAUAACGUCAUCGUCAAAGACCACUGAUGAACUUGUGGAUUUGGAGAAAUAUAUUGACAAUCUAAGGAGUGGACCUUUAGUUCAUUUGAAGGUGGAACUUGAGGAAGCAGCAGAUCUAGUUCUGUUUUUGAUGGAUCACACGUUCCUUGCUGAUGAUCAUUUGGCUCUCAAUGAAACCACAUUCACAUGGCCUGAACGGAUUUUUCCCAUUAUAAAAAUGAGUGAAAAUCGUGUUACAAGGGAACACGACACAGCCAUGAACAAACUGUUUGAUUGGCUGGCGAGGUUUGAGGUGCAGUUGAACGAGACUCUUCAAAGUGUGAAAGAGUUCCACUCUAAAGAUAGGAUAUCUGAGGCGAAGACUUACGUGGUUCAGUUGGAGGAACUUAAAGAUAAAGUACAAGAGUUUCUCGACGAGAGAAAGAAAAUUAACAAGGAGGAGGAUUUACUCGGUUGUGAGGUGUACAGUGGAUUUCCUCAGAUUCAGGAGAUAAUUGACGCCAAAGAGCCCUUUGACAAGUUAUGGCGUGCACUGGUGACAUUCCAGGACAAGCAAGAAAUGUGGCUGGCUGGGCCGAUCUUAACACUGAAUGCAGAAGAGAUUGAGGAACAGGUUUCUGAGCUUUGGAGAACAAGUUACAAGCUGACGAAAGAGUUUGCGCACCCAGAGUUUCGUGGACCUCUUAGAGUGGCCUCUACAGUAAAAGCGCGACUAGAAAACUUUAAGGUUAACAUGCCUUUGAUCAACGCAUUGUGUACACCUGGAAUUAAGGAGAGACAUUGGGAAGCAAUGAGUGUAAAGAUUGGCUUUAAUAUUGCUCCGAAAGAAGACACUACUCUAAAUGAGAUGUUAGUCCUCGGUCUUGACAAGUUUGUAGAAGAACUGACUGAGAUCAGUGGAAGAGCAGCAAAAGAAUUCUCUUUGGAGAAGGCACUGAGCAGAAUGAAAGAAGAAUGGAAAGACAUCGAGUUUGUGUUUGUUCAAUACAAAGACACAGGAAUCAGUAUCUUGUCAGCUGUGGAUGAUCUGCAGGUCUUACUUGAUGACCACAUAGUGAAAACAUUGACAAUGAAGGGCUCUCCGUUCGUUGUUCCUUUUGAAGCAGAAUUAAAAGAAUGGGAAACCAAACUGAAUCUAAUGCAAGAUAUUGUGGAGUCGUGGCUGAAGGUGCAAGCUUCAUGGCUUUAUUUAGAGCCCAUAUUUUGUUCUGAGGACAUUCAAGCUCAGAUGCCAGAGGAAGGAGAAAAAUUACGGACGGUUGACAAAUACUGGAGGAAGAUAAUGACUGAAUCAGUCAAAGAUCCUCGAGCCUUAGUAGUAACACGACAGCCCCAAAUGUUGGACAAACUUCAGCUCUCAGAGAGCCUUCUUGAAGACAUACAGAAAGGAUUGAACGAGUAUUUGGAGAAGAAACGCUUGUUUUUUCCAAGAUUUUUCUUCCUUUCAAAUGACGAGUUACUGGAAAUUCUAUCCGAGACGAAAGAUCCUCUGCGUGUUCAGCCACAUCUAAAGAAGUGUUUUGAAGGUAUUGCAAAGUUGGAAUUUAAUGAGAGGAAAGAGAUCAGUGCUAUGAUAUCAGCUGAAGGAGAGACUGUGAAGUUCUCCAAGAAGGUGGUGCCUGCGCAUGCUCGUGGUCUUGUCGAGAAAUGGUUGUUACAGAUCGAACAAACGAUGAAACUGAGCCUGCAAGAGGUAAUGUCUGAAGCGGUUACCGCCUAUCCACAGAACCCAAGGACAGAGUGGGUAUUGUCUUGGCCAGGACAGGUGGUGCUUGCCUCCAGCAUCAUUUACUGGACUAAGGAAGUCACUCAGGCGAUGAUACAGAAAGAUGGCUUAGAAGAUUAUUACAAACAAAGCACUCAACAGAUAGAAGAUAUCGUCGGACUUGUGCGAGGAAAGUUGUCCACCAUGUCCCGGAUCACUCUAGGAGCUCUCAUUGUGAUUGAUGUGCAUGCGCGUGACGUGGUAGCUAAGCUGAAGAAGGAAGGCGUGACAAACCCUAACGACUUUCAAUGGAUUAGUCAGUUGCGUUACUACUGGGAAACAAAGGCUGUUAUUGUAAGGAUGAUUACCACAGCGGUCAAAUAUGGUUACGAAUACCUUGGCAACAGUGGAAGACUGGUCAUUACUCCUUUAACAGACAGAUGUUACAGGACUUUGAUGGGUGCUCUCCUGUUGAACCUGGGAGGGGCCCCUGAGGGACCUGCUGGUACGGGGAAGACGGAGACAUGUAAAGAUUUGGCGAAAGCUGUUGCUAAGCAGUGCGUUGUUUUCAACUGCUCAGAUGGACUGGACUACAAAGCCAUGGGAAAGUUCUUCAAAGGUCUCGCACAGGCAGGGGCCUGGGCCUGUUUCGACGAGUUUAACAGGAUAGAGCUGGAAGUGUUGUCGGUUGUAGCACAACAGAUUUUGACAAUACAAAGGGCCGUCAUGGAACAAGUCGACAAGUUUGUGUUUGAGGGAACAGAAAUUUCUCUGGAUCCGUCAUGUACCAUCUUCAUAACUAUGAACCCUGGUUACGCUGGCCGUGCAGAGCUCCCUGAUAAUCUGAAGGUUCUUUUCCGCACAGUCGCCAUGAUGGUUCCUGAUUAUGCCCUGAUUAGUGAGAUCAGUUUAUAUUCCAUGGGCUUUGUUAACGCCAGGAGUCUGUCGGCAAAGAUUGUGGCUGUGUAUAGGCUCUGUUCCGAGCAGCUUUCCUCUCAGCAUCAUUAUGAUUAUGGUAUGCGAGCAGUCAAGUCUGUUCUCACUGCCGCAGGAAAUUUAAAACUGAAGUAUUCUGAACAAGACGAGGAUAUUUUGUUGCUAAGGUCCAUCAUGGACGUCAACUUGCCAAAGUUUUUAUCACAAGACUUGCCUUUGUUUGAAGGCAUUGUGUCAGACUUGUUCCCAGGCAUCACUCUGCCAUCUCCUGACCACGGUGUCCUGGAAGAGGCACUCAGACGGAACAGCGUGAAGAUGGGACUACAGGCGGUACCAUGGUUUGUUGAAAAAGUUGUACAGGUGUACGAGAUGAUGUUGGUCCGUCACGGCUUUAUGAUCGUGGGGGAUCCCAUCGGCGGAAAGACGUCAGCGUGGAAGGUUCUGGCUGCAGCCCUGACUGAGCUUGGUAAAGAUGAAGACUCAGAUGAAGUUGGGGUUCAGUACAGGAUCAUUAACCCCAAGGCUGUCACCAUGGGCCAGUUGUAUGGAAGAUUUGAUCCCGUGUCACACGAAUGGUCAGACGGGGUACUUGCCAAUACUUUCCGUGAACACGCAAGUUCAGUCAGCGAGGAGCGUAAAUGGAUCAUCUUUGAUGGGCCAGUUGAUGCAGUGUGGAUUGAGAACAUGAAUACAGUGCUUGACGACAACAAAAAGUUGUGCUUGAUGAGUGGGGAGAUAAUUCAAAUGAGCUCUCUACAGAACAUGAUAUUUGAACCUCAAGACCUGGAGCAGGCUUCACCAGCAACAGUAAGCAGAUGUGGUAUGAUUUACAUGGAGCCGGGUCAGCUUGGCUGGGAGCCACUUGUCGCUUCGUGGAUGGAGAAGGAAUAUCCUGCAAACCUCAGCCUUGCUAGCAAGAACUCGAUACAGAUGAUGUUUGAUUGGUUGAUUGCCCCGUGCGUGGAUUUCGUCAUAAGACAAUGCCGUGAACUGGUGCGCACGUCACCAAUGCAUAUGGUCAAGUCCAUGUUAAGCAUAUACUCCAUUCUGUUGGAUGAGUUGAGAGAGCCACCCGAAGAGGAAAAGAAAAAGACCGUCAUGGAUGAGGAGGAGUUUGAGGGAGUUAUGGACGAGAAACCGGCCAAGACUGAGGCGGAGAUUUUGCAAUGGCUCCAGUCCCUCUUUCUGUUUGCUUUGUGUUGGUCAAUCGGCGGAAAUUUAGACACUGACUCCAGGCUGAAGUUCAGUGAUUUCUUUAAAGUCUUAGCAGCGGGAACCAACAAACAACACCAAAGACCCAAAGAUUUAAAGCUGCCCAAGAAUUACCAGUUUCCUGGAAAAGGAGUUAUUUAUGACUUCUUUUUCGAUAAGUCAACCUUUGGUACGUGGCAUCCGUGGGAGAAGAAUGUGUUCAUCGAGGAAAUUGCUCCAAACGCCAAGCCGAAUGAGUUGAUCAUACCCACCACAGAGACAGUUCGUCAGCGUUAUUUCCUGGAGUUAUUCCUUGAUCACGAGAAGCCUUUGCUAUUGGUUGGCCCGACAGGAACUGGAAAAUCAGCCAUAACAAACGACUACAUUCUGCGCAUGCCUCCCGACAAGUACAUCGCUAACUUCAUGAACUUUUCCGCCCAAACAACUUCCAACCAAACCCAAGACAUGAUCCUUUCAAAAUUAGAUAGACGAAAGCGAGGUGUGUAUGGCCCAGCCAUUGGUAAGAAGGUUGUGGUGUUUGUAGAUGAUCUAAAUAUGCCAGCUAAGGAGAAGUAUGGUGCCCAGCCACCCAUCGAAGUUUUGCGACAGUGGAUUGAUCAUGGAUACUGGUUUGACAGGAAGGACACGUCAGUACUAACGCUCGUGGACCAGUUGCUAGUGUCUGCUAUGGGUCCUCCGGGAGGGGGCAGGAAUGAAAUUACUCCGCGUUUCCUGAGGCAUUUCAACAUCAUCUCCAUUGACUCGUUCAGCACAGAAACCAUGAGAAAUAUCUUUUCUGUCAUCACGGAUUGGCAUUUUAACAACAGUGGCUUUGAAAUGCAGAUAAGGAGGUUCUCUAAGAUUAUAAUCAGCGCCAUUACCGAGGUGUACACUCAGGCUAUUACCAGCUUCCUUCCCACGCCAUCUAAGUCCCACUAUGUGUUCAAUCUCAGAGAUUUUGCAAGGGUCGUACAGGGGAUCCUUCUAUUUCCCGGAGUUUGUGCCACUCAUCCAAGCAAGCUGAUCAGAUUGUGGGUUCAUGAAGUCUACCGCGUGUUUUACGAUAGAUUGGUUGACUCUGAGGACCGGCAGUGCUUCUUUGAGAUAGUUAAGAAUGUAAUGGCUUCAGAGUUCAAGGAGAAGAUGAACAACGUGUUGGAACAUUUGGCUGGCAGAGGCGGUGUUGUUACUGAUGACAGUCUCAGGAGUUUGUUCUUCGGUGAUUAUAUGGACCGUAAAGCAAAUCCCCGUCUGUAUGAUGAAAUACAAGAUACAGAAGGACUUAGUGCGAUAAUGGAUGGAUUUCUCGAAGAUUACAACGUGUCAAGCAAAGCACCCAUGGACAUGGUGAUGUUCAGAUUUGCCAUCGAACACGUGUCCAGAAUUUGUCGAGUCCUCCGCCAGCCCAAUGGACAUGCGCUGUUAGUAGGUAUUGGUGGUUCUGGUCGUGCUAGUGUUACCAAACUAGCCGCCUUUAUGUCAGAUUAUGAACUCUUUCAAAUCGAAAUCACCAAGACAUACACAUUCACGGACUGGAGAGAAGAUUUGAAAAAGAUGCUGAGGAAGGCUGGCUUCGAUGGAGCUUCUACAGUGUUCCUGUUUGGUGAUCACCAGCUCAAGGAUGAGGCAUUCCUGGAGGAUAUCAAUAUGAUCUUAAACACGGGUGAUGUACCCAACAUCUAUGAGUCUGACGAAAAAGCUGAAAUCACAGAACAGAUGCAAAACAUUGUUCAAGAAAGAAACCUUAAGGUGGAUUCCAGUCCUCUGGCCAUGUAUAACUUCUUUAUCGAGCGGGUUCGCCGUAACUUGCACGUGGUUCUUUGUAUGAGUCCCAUUGGAGACGCGUUUAGAAACAGACUCAGAAUGUUCCCCUCACUGAUCAACUGCUGCACUAUCGACUGGUUUCAGGCUUGGCCCGAAGACGCUCUCGAAAUGGUAGCGAACAAGUUCUUAGACGAAGUUGAAAUGUCUCGUGAGAUUAGAGGAGAAUGUGUUUCCAUGUGCAAACACUUUCAUCAGAGUGUGCGAGGAAUAUCGGACAGGUUUUAUGCUGUUCUUCUUCGGCGAAAUUACGUUACUCCAACUUCAUAUCUGGAAUUGAUCAAGACGUUCAAGUCACUUCUCGGGAAAAAGCGAUUCCAGAUACUGACUCUGAAAACAAGAUAUCUCAAAGGUCUGGAGAAACUAGACUUCGCUUCAUCGCAGGUGUCAAUUAUGCAGCAAGAGCUAAAGGAACUACAGCCAGAGUUGAUUGAAACCAGUAAAGAGACAGAACAGUUGAUCAAAGUUAUUGCUGACGAGACUUUAGAAGUGGAGGAUAAGAAACAGGUGGUACAGGCUGAUGAGGCCACGGCUGAUGCAGCAGCACAGGACGCCCAAGCUAUUAAGGAUGAGUGCGAGGAUCAGUUGGCCGUUGCCAUGCCAGCAUUAAAUGCCGCUGUAUCCGCACUGGACACCCUUAAACAGCAAGAUAUUUCUUUGGUCAAAGCCAUGACAAACCCACCUGCUGGUGUGCGAAUGGUGAUGGAGGCUGUGUGUAUAUUGAAAGUAAGUGAGCCAUUAAAUCCGGAGAAAGUUAAAGAUUCAAAGCUAUAAGUUCUUGGUGACUUAAAAUUCCUUGAGAGUCUCAAGCUAUUUGAUAAAGAGAACAUUCCCGCCGCCACAAUCCGUAAGAUCCGAGAUAAAUACGUAACCAAUCCAGACUUCCACCCAUCGCUCAUCAAAAACGUGUCGUCCGCCUGUGAAGGACUCUGCUCCUGGGUGCGGGCUAUUGAGGUGUACGACAGAGUUGCCAAGCUUGUUGCACCCAAACGUAAACGUCUAAAGGAAGCGGAAUCCCUCCUGGCUCAGCAGAUGUCUCACUUAAAUGAGAAACGAGGCGAGUUGAAAGAAGUCAUGGAUAAAUUACAGAACUUGAACGAUGACUACCGAUCAAAAGUGAACAAGAAACAGGAACUGGAACGAAACAUUGCAUUGUGUUCCCAGAAGCUUCUGCGAGCCGACAAACUUAUUAGUGGACUGGGCGGAGAAAGGACGCGAUGGACUCAGGUUGCUCAUGAGCUGGGUGAAACGUACAACAACAUCGUUGGCGACGUCCUGUUGUCCGCGGGUAUUGUGGCUUAUCUCGGCCCAUUCACUGUGGAAUUUCGACAGGAAUGUAUCAAGGAGUGGUGGGGUUUGUGCCGACAGCAGAGCGUUCCUGUGUCAGACAACUUUUCGUUGUCUGCGACUCUGGGAGAUCCUCUAUCAACACGCGCUUGGCAUAUCGCUGGACUGCCAGUUGACAAUUUCUCACUGGAUAACGCUAUUAUUGUGACGAACUCUCACCGCUGGCCAUUGAUGAUCGACCCUCAAGGUCAGGCAAACAAGUGGAUCAAGAAUAUGGAGAAACCAAACAACUUACAGGUGAUAAAAUUGUCAGACCAGAAUUACGUGAGGACUUUGGAAAACUCCAUUCAGUUUGGAACGCCAGUUCUCUUAGAGAACGUCGGGGAGGAGCUGGAUCCCUUACUGGAGCCUAUUCUGUUGAAACAGACGUUCAAACAGGGUGGAGUCGAGUACUUGCGCAUGGGUGAUCAUGUGGUUGAAUUUAGUAGGGUGACUCUAUUGAACUUCAUGAUUACGCCUCUUGGUCUGGAGGAUCAAUUACUGGGAAUAGUGGCAGCGAAGGAAAAACCCGAGUUGGAAGAGAAAAAGAAUGAGUUGAUCAUAGAGAGCGCUAAGAACAAGAAGCAAUUGAAGGAGAUUGAGGAUAAGAUUUUAGAGGUGCUGUCUACCAGUGAAGGAAACAUUUUGGAGGACGAAACGGCGAUCGAGGUGUUAUCAUCCAGCAAAAAGCUGUCAGAGGAAAUCUCAGUCAAACAAGAAAUCGCCUCUAAAACUGAAGAAGAAAUUGAUAGAACUCGUGGAGGUUACAAACCAGUGGCUAAACACUCCAGUAUCUUGUUCUUUACUAUAUCUGACCUGGCCAACAUUGAGCCUAUGUACCAAUACUCAUUAACAUGGUUUAUUAAUCUUUACCUGCAGUCGAUCCUAAAUAGUGAACCGUCCUCAGACCUUAGCAGAAGGAUUUUGAACCUCAAUGAUCAUUUUACUUACAGUAUCUACAGAAACGUGUGCCGAUCAUUGUUUGAGAAGGACAAGCUGUUGUUCUCGUUUUUGUUGUGCAUUGGUAUUCUGAAAGGAAGCGGUAAAAUUGAUGAGCAGGAAUGGCGAUUUUUAUUGACGGGUGGAGUGGCCCUGGAAAACAAAUUCCCGAACCCCGCCUCGGACUGGUUAACCGACAAGUCCUGGGCAGAAAUGGUUCGAUGUUCAGCGCUACCUUCAUUCCAAGGAAUUUUGAAACACUUCACAGCAAGAAUUUCGGAAUGGAAAGUAUUUUAUGACUCUGCCAGUCCACAAACUGAACCGCUCCCCGAGCCUUGGGAAGAUGAACUCAACAAACUGCAGCAUUUGAUUAUCUUGAGAUGUUUGAGGCCGGACAAGGUCACCUUAGGCGUGCGUGACUUCAUAACUUUCUACAUGAGUCCAGCCUAUAUAGAGCCGCCCACUUUUGACCUGUCCAAGUGUUAUGAGGACUCAGACUGCUGUGUGCCCCUGAUUUUUGUGUUGUCACCUGGAGCAGAUCCCAUGGCCAGCCUAGUAAAGUUUGCCGAGGAUAUAGGUGUGACCAGGUCUCAUUUUCAGACGAUUUCACUUGGUCAGGGACAAGGACCCAUUGCUUCAAAGAUGAUCAAUGAAGCUAUCGCUGUAGGGGACUGGGUUGUAUUACAGAAUUGCCAUCUUGCAACAUCGUGGAUGCCCAUUUUGGAGAAAAUAUGUGAGGAGGUUAUUGUCCCAGAAAAGACGCACAAGAAUUUUAGACUUUGGCUCACAAGUUACCCCACGGAAAGAUUCCCCGUGUCCAUUUUACAAAAUGGAGUGAAAAUGACCAAUGAGCCGCCGAUGGGGCUCCGGGCCAAUUUAUUGCGGUCGUACCAUAGCGAUCCCAUAUCAGACCCUGCCUUUUUCAAUGGCUGCAACAAACCAAAGGUCUGGAAGAAACUACUUUUCAGUUUAUGUUUUUUUCACGCGCUGGUUCAAGAGAGACGCGAGUUCGGUCCUCUGGGUUGGAACAUUCCGUACGAGUUUAACGAGUCCGACCUUAGAAUUAGCGUUCGUCAACAACAGAUGUUUUUGAAUGACUAUGAGGACGUUCCUCUGGACGCUCUGACCUAUCUCACAGGACAGUGUAAUUAUGGAGGACGUGUAACGGAUGAGAGAGACAGACGUCUUAUCUUGAGUCUCUUGUCAAUUUUCUACUGCCGGGAGGUCACAGAAGAUGAAAACUACAAGUUUUCUAGUAGCGGUUCAUACUUCGCACCCCCUGAGGGUCCUUAUGAUAGCUACCUAGAUUACAUCCGCAGUCUGCCUCUCACUCCAGAUCCUGAGGUGUUUGGUCUACACGAGAAUGCUGACAUAACAAAGAACCAACGUGAAACUCAACAGCUUUUUGACGGAAUUCUACUCACGCUACCCAGACAGACCUCCAGUGGAGGGAAGUCAUCUCAAGAAGUGAUUGAGGAUUUAGCUUCCGACAUCUUGUCUAAGAUUCCGUCGCCUUUUGACACAGAAAUGGUUCAGAAAAAGUAUCCAGUACUGUACGAAGAAUCCAUGAACACCGUACUGCUUCAAGAACUGAUAAGGUUUAAUCGUCUUACGGAUGUUGUUCGAUCGAGUCUUGGGAACAUUCAGAAAGCAAUCAAGGGUCUUGUGGUGUUGUCUUCAGAGCUGGAGGACGUAUUUGGGAGUAUGAUGGUGGGCAAGGUCCCCAACAUGUGGGCGGCCAAGUCUUACCCUUCUCUGAAGCCGUUAGGUAGUUAUGUAGCAGAUCUCGUUGCGCGCCUCAGGUUUUUCAAAGACUGGAUUGACGAAGGUUCUCCAAAUGUGUUUUGGAUCUCUGGAUUUUACUUUACCCAGUCCUUCCUUACAGGUGCAAUGCAGAAUUUUGCCCGACGUUAUAAAAUUCCCAUUGAUCACCUGGGCUUUGAAUUCGAAGUGAUGGAUGAAGAACAGGAUAUGAAGAAGAAACCGGAAGAUGGCGUGUAUGUUAAAGGCCUGUUUAUGGAGGGCGCCAGAUGGGACAGAGUAAAUAAGGUUGUUGGAGAAUCUCUACCAAAGAUACUGUACGAUACUGUUCCAAUUAUAUGGCUCAAGCCGGGGGAAACAGCAGAUUUUCGAGACGAAGGAACGUAUUCAUGUCCAGUUUACAAAACAAGUGCUCGCCGAGGUGUACUUUCCACGACCGGUCACUCGACAAAUUACGUCCUGUCGAUCAACCUACCUUCCAAGAGAGCAGAGAAUCACUGGGUUGUACGAGGAGUCGCCAUGCUUUGUCAGUUGGACGAUUAGAUGAACAAGUCCGAGUAAAAGGUCUUUGAGUGUUAUGAAGUUGGUGGAACAGAUUACCAAUGGGUUAGGCAUGCGAAAGACUGAUCAAACCACUUUUAAGUUUUCUUUUGUAGUAGACCUCUUAAGAAAGCUGUUUCAUAAGAAUCAUUACUUUUUCUUGAAAAAAAAAAAGGGGGGCCUAAUAAAUACCCUAGGACCCCUUCCACACCCUUUCACCCUCAGGUUCGCCCUUGUAUAUGACAAAACUUAUUGAUCCACACAUGCUUUUGAUAUUUAUAUUGUGAUACCUACCAAUUGAAUUUGUUCGUGCGGGACGCGGGUUAAUCUGCGUCCGUUACGCUCGACCGGGCAUUUUCCCGCCUUUUAGAAAGAUUUUCAGUGCCUGACGUUUACGUCUGUUUUCAGCUCUUCGUACACCGAAAUGGCACUAUUUGAAUUUGCAACGAAAAAUAAUUUUUUCUAAUCUUUCUUCAUCGUUGAUCUAAGAAUCAGAAGGGUAUUGAGUAUAAUUUGGCUUCGUUUGCCCCUUUUGGCGUUGUCGAUCUAUCCAUUCAUUUUAAAAACUUAUUCUACCUUAAAAACUCGCGUAUAUAUCAGUUUUGAAAGGUAAUGAGAAUUUUUACUAACGAUUUUAGUGUAUGACUAAGUUUGGAAUACAGAAACCUCCAGAAAUUUCCUUAUUGCAUGUUAAGUCAGCAAAUAAGAGAACUUAUUUAUCACUUGAAGAGUUUUUAUCGCCUAAAGAUGAUAGUUAAUAGCAUUUAGAGCAAUGAACAUAGCGAAUUAUUUUACGAUUUUUCUUCACAAAAAUAAUUUAUUACAUAGAGGCAUGUAUAUAUCUAUGACUCAAAAUUAAUUUAAUGAUGAACGCAAUAUGUGAUUAGUAUAUGAAUAAAUUAUAGUCAAGUGUUUUAGAAUGUUCGUCAGUAGUAGUUCUUCCUGUUUUAUUAAAAUAUUGAAGAUCA